UGGCCAGCUCCUCUGAGCCAAAUGUCGGCAGCCCGUCAGUUCCUACGGGAUUGCGCGACCGCAAAUACCCCCACGCUCCUCCUACCUGACAAAGACGCAGACGGGCUCUGCAGCGGUCUCAUCGUCUACCACGCCCUCCUCCACCUUGGACUCGCGCCCGAGAACCUCUCCGUGCACUUCCCCGCCAAAGGCUCAAACAUCCACACCGCACCCGAGCGCACCGCGAUUGCCCGCCACGGCGCACACUUUAUCAUCAUCACCGACCAGGGCAGUCGCGGGGGCCCGCCGAUCGUCGACGACCCGGCUGCGCGCACACUCAUCGUCGACCACCACUCCAGCACCGAGUUCCCGUGCGGCGCGACUGCGUGCUCCGCGGCGCAGUGCCUGCCCGUCGCGACGUCCGCCACUCUCGCGUACGCGCUCUGCGUGCCGCUGCUCGCGGAGUCGGCGGGUGCAGGGCUCCGGGACCGCUUGGACUACUUGUGCGCGAUGGGCACGAUGGGUGACCUCGGGACGGGCUUCAAGUGGGCCCCGCCGUUCCCGGAUAUGCGCGAGUGCUUCAAGAAGUGGACGAAGAAGGUGCUGGGCGAGGCGGUCGCACUCGUGAACGCGCCGCGUCGCACGGCGGAGUUCGACGUCCUCUCAGCGUGGCGCGCGCUUCUCGGAGCACGCUCCCCGCGGGAUUUGGUGAACUACGCCACGAGCAAGGACGUCGCACGGCUCUUCGAGGCCCGUGCCGAAGUGAAGACCGAAGUGAAUCGCUGUGCGCGCCAGCCCCCGACGUUCUCUGGCGACGGCCGCGUCGCACUCGUGCGCAUAAGCAGUCCCGCGCAAGUCCAUCCGCUGAUCGCGACGCGUUGGUCGUCCUCGCUCAAGGGCGCGCGGCUUGAGAUCGUCAUGUGCGCCAACGACGGGUAUUCGCCUGGAAUGACGAACUUUGCCUGUCGUAUCGCGCGUGCAGGGGGCGGCGUAGCCACAGCCACAGAAGGACGGACAGACAUCAUCGCGGUAUUGAAAGAGUACGCGAGUAGGGUGCCAGGACUACGAGAAUCGAUGGGCGAUGACUUUGCGCGCGGCCACAAGCAGGCGAGCGGAGGUAUCGUGCGGACGGCGGAUUUUGAGCGUCUGUGGGAGGUCAUGUUGCAUGCGGAAGGAGCAGAAGGAGAGCGACCUACGAAGAAGAGG